AACAAGGCUGUUAGUUUUCUAGGAGAAGGCAAGUCUGUGAGUGUUUAAGCCCCUUCAAUCUGCCUCUGUUACUGCCGCGUUCGCAACGUGACGCCACUCCAUCCAUCUGAUCCCUAGAAAGAGUCAUGCAGCACUCUGAGGGAGGGGCCAAGGGGGGUGAGGCCAAGGCGGGAGAAGAAGCCGUUUACCUGCGGAGAAGGAUAGACCUGCUGACUGCCACCUCCCUUAUCAUUGGCACUGUGGUGGGCAGCGGCAUCUUCAUUGCACCCAAGGGUGUCCUGAUGAACAGUGGCAGUGUGGGCCUGUCUUUGCUGGUGUGGGCUCUGUGUGGAGUCCUCUCCACCUUUGGAGCUCUGUGCUAUGCGGAGCUGGGCACCAGCUUUAAGAAGUCUGGGGGCCACUACACCUACCUGCUGGAGACCCUGGGACCCUUGCCUGCAUUCCUGCGACUCUGGGCAGAGUUCAUCUUGGUCAGGCCUGCAGUGGCCUCUGUGGUGUCCCUGGCAUUUGGCCGCUACGUCGUGGAGCCCUUCUUUGCCCCCUGUCCCGCACCCCCAGUCCUGGUCAAGCUCGUCGGCAUUCUAGGAGUGUCUUUCGUUGUGGCAGUGAACUGUUGGAGCGUAAGCCUGGCCUCAAAGACCCAGAUCACUCUCACAUUCAUCAAGAUGUUUGCCUUGGUCCUCAUCAUUGUCCCAGGAAUCAUGGCACUGUUCAGGGGACAGACAGACAACUUCCAGAAUGCUUUUGAUUCUGGAUCCUUAACCCUGAACAAGCUGCCACUAGCAUUCUACUCAGGCCUCUAUGCCUAUGGAGGAUGGUUUUAUUUGAAUUUUGUGACAGAAGAAGUUAUCAAUCCUAACAGAAACAUUCCACUGUCAAUCAUCUUCUCCAUGGUAACAGUAACUGUGUGUUACGUGCUGGUCAACGUGUCAUACUACACAAUGAUGACAGCCGGGGAGCUGCUGGUGUCAGAGGCUGUGGCUGUGACCUUUGCAGAUCGUGCUCUGCACAGGAUCGCCUCGGUUAUCCCGGUGCUGGUGGCCAUGUCCUGUCUGGGGGCUCUGAACGGAGGCUUCUUUGUGGCCCCCAGGAUGCUGUUUGUGGGGGCCAGGGAGGGGCACUGGCCUGUUGUCUUCUCCAUGAUCCACAUCCGUAGACAGACGCCCCUGCCUGCUGUGCUGCUGCUGUACCCACUGGUGGUGCUGAUGCUGGCGAGAGGCGAGCUCUUUCAGCUGGUCAAUUUCGCCUCCUUCUCCCGCUGGCUCUUUAUUGCCUUGGCAACCCUGGGGAUGCUCAUCCAUCGCUACCGCUUCCCGCUUCACCCCAGGCCCUUCAAGGUGCCGGUGGCCAUUGCAGUGUCUUUCACAGUGGUGUGCUUCUUCAUCGUGGGGCUGUCUCUGUACUCUGACCCCUGGAACACGGGAGGCAGUUGCAUCAUCACCUUGUCCGGGGUGCCUGUGUACUACCUGACCGUGCAUCGGCCGCGCUUGCCCCCCCGCUGGAGGAGAGCCUUCAACUACUGCAGCAAGCAGCUACAGAUCCUAAUGGAGGUGGCCCAACAAGAGAUCCAGACCUACUGAAGACUUCCCCAUUUCUGGUUUCUUCCUCGGUGUCAAGUCUUGCUGAAACUACCACAUUUUCAAAAUGCCUGUCCUUUACAGGAACCAGGAGUAUUGGUUUGCUGUGAAAAUAUAAUAGUUUCUGUUCAUGUAUAUCUUGUCAGUUUGGGAAAUGUAAAUGCCAAUAAUUUAUGUUGAUGACCUAACUCUAACACUGUUAAUAUAUUCAGUCACUGUGAGAGGGCCUCUGUAAAUGGAAAAUAUCUCCUGUUCCUCUAAUUUCAUUAUAAAAGUUCUUGUUAAAGCCUGUUGUGACCACAUAUGAAAA